UUCGGCACAAUGUUUUUCCGGUCAGAGACCUGAUGUAUCGGUUACUCGAACGGAGCUCGUCAGAGCAGGCUUCUGAGGUCCGCAAUGAACCUCGGGUCACGGAGCCGAGUGACCACAGGAGCCAAAUUUGAUCGAAACUUCAGAUGAAAGAACCGAAUAUUUAGGAUUGUUGACCUGAAAACUUCAGCAGUUUUUCCUGCCGAAAAACUUCAGAUGCUGUAGCUUAACUUCGGAUGGACUCUCUGAGAUGUUCAGCAGAGACGACCGAAAACUUAAGUAGCUACUAAACAAGAUGGCUACGAAUUAAUUUAGGCCACAUUACGAGUUUUUCUAGCUAUCGCAGAAAAGGAAAAGCAAAAGUUUUUAAGUAUCCCGCUAAAUUUUUAAAUAUUCCGCGCUUGGCGUCGUUGAAUUGUGUUACGGUGUUUAUCGGUGUUUCGGUGUUGUGUUUGUGACAAUAAUGGCGGUUCAGUUCUGUUACCUAUCAGUCAACAGUUCUCAAUUACUGUCCAAUUCAGAAGUAUUCAGAGAAUCAUGCCGCUGCCGCAGUCUUCGCCUUCGCUGAAGAAAAUCUUGGUGGAGUGGGGCUUAAGCGAGGAUUCCGCAAGGUUUAUUUCAGAAAGUGGCUAUGUACUCGAAGAUUUACUCCUAUCAGAGCCAGAAGAUCUGGGACCAAUAACAGACCUCCUAAGUCACCCUGAAACACUUAGAUUGAAACGAGGGAUCCUCAAAGCCCGGAAGGAAACAGCGGAAAGUCAAAUUACGGAAAUUUAUGAAGUUCCUGCAGAGGUCGAUUCACUGUUAAUCGAUGCUGUCCCAGUCAUUGAUGUCUCCGUGCCGCCCUCAAAAAAACCCAGAACUGACCCUCCUGUGACCAAUGAUACGACUCAGCAAGUUGAAAGCAGUUCAACAAACAGUUCACAGUUUAAUCCUCUAAUUCCUCCACAAAAUUUUCUUAAUCACUCAAAUGGUUUAAUCAAUCCAUCAGUUCAAAUUGUACAAUUAAAACCCAAAAAGGUCAUAAUUUCUUCUCAUGAAGUCCUUCUACAGGCCCUGCAAGAGGAUAAUAAGGGGACAACUAUUUUACAUCUUUAUAAAAUCAAUAAAAAAUUAGGAGAAGUUGAGCAAGGAAUCUUGGCCAACUUCAUAAUUAAUACUGAAUUAAGUCAGGAGAACAAAUUCAUUAAAGCUGCUCGUUUUAAAGAAUUAUCAUUAUUCAUUAAAAGGAUCUUCCCGUCAGAGGAUGAAGUCACUUGGUACAGCCCGUACAAGCCCCUGAAAAAUGGGCACGGCAUUCCAGCUAGAGGAAGACUUUUGAAUGCAUAUUACACUGCAAGAAAAGCUCUAAUUCGGUGGGGAGUUACGCCAAGUCAGAGGGAAAAAUUCAAAAAAACACCAGUUUCAGGAACACUAGACACUGGAAAGGAACUGACAAAAGAAGAAAAGGAGGAACUUCUGAAGAAAAUUGAUUUUAUACAGAAGCAUUCAAAACCAUAAAAACUGUUGAAGCCCACUGGCAGGAUACAUACGAGUACAGAAAUAAGGGAGAGACUCCAAUUCAUGAUUACUACAGCACCUACCCUAUUUUAUCCACGAAAGAUGGUUACAAGUUGUUGGUGAAAGAUUUCCUGGUUAGAUAUCCCGGUUUUGAGCACAAAUUUGUAACAAAUUGGACUACUUUCGUCAGGGAAUUUUCUGAGUUCGUAAACGCCAACCCAACCUCCUAU